GCUACCCGCAGUCUCACCCGCUUAGCUCCGCCUCCCGCGAGCUGCCUCCCCUUCAGCAGCAACCAUGUACCGCUCUCUUCAGCUUUUAAGCUACGCGAGGAGGGGAGUCCAGACGCACUAUUUGCCCUCGAGUGCUGUCUUGCUGCUUGGCCAGCGUCUUCCCCAGCAACGCAGAAUGGCUAGUCAUGACUCUUUUAGAAUAGAAUAUGAUACCUUUGGUGAACUCAAAGUUCCAAAUGACAAGUAUUACGGUGCACAGACUGUGAGAUCCACAAUGAAUUUUAAGAUUGGCGGUGUGACUGAACGUAUGCCUGUCCAGGUAAUAAGAGCUUUUGGUAUCUUGAAACGAGCAGCUGCUGAAGUAAAUCAGGAUUAUGGCCUUGAUCCAAAGAUUGCUAAUGCUAUUAUAAAGGCAGCAAAUGAGGUAUCUGAAGGUAAAUUGAAUGAUCAUUUUCCUUUGGUGGUGUGGCAAACUGGAUCUGGAACUCAAACUAAUAUGAAUGUCAAUGAAGUAAUCAGCAACAGAGCCAUUGAGAUCCUGGGAGGUAAACUGGGGAGCAAGGACCCAGUGCAUCCAAAUGACCACGUUAAUAAAAGCCAGAGCUCAAAUGACACAUUCCCAACUGCAAUGCAUAUUGCUGCUGCACAAGAAGUUCAUGAAGUGCUUUUACCAGGGCUACAGAAGCUUCAGGAUGCCCUUGAUGCAAAGGCGAAAGAGUUUUCCAAAAUUAUUAAAAUUGGACGUACUCACACACAGGAUGCUGUUCCCCUUACUCUUGGGCAGGAAUUUAGUGCUUAUGUGCAGCAAGUAAAAAAUGGUAUCAUUAGAAUCAAAGCGGCCAUGCCAAGGGUCUAUGAGCUGGCAGCUGGUGGCACUGCAGUUGGCACAGGAUUAAAUACAAGAAUUGGUUUUGGUGAGAAGAUUGCUGCUAAGGUGGCCACACUCACAGGUUUGCCUUUUGUUACUGCUCCAAACAAAUUUGAAGCCCUUGCUGCUCAUGAUGCUCUAGUUGAACUGAGUGGAGCAAUGAACACUGUGGCUUGCAGCUUGAUGAAGAUAGCCAAUGACAUUCGUUUCCUGGGUUCCGGGCCACGUUCUGGUCUAGGGGAGCUAAUCUUGCCUGAAAAUGAACCUGGAAGCAGUAUAAUGCCUGGAAAAGUGAAUCCGACUCAGUGCGAGGCCAUAACCAUGGUGGCAGCUCAGGUGAUGGGAAAUCAUGUUGCUGUUACAGUAGGAGGCAGCAAUGGCCAUUUUGAGUUGAAUGUCUUCAAGCCCAUGAUUAUUAAAAAUGUCCUACAUUCUGCACGACUCCUGGGAGAUGCCUGUGUUUCUUUCACUGACAAUUGUGUGGUAGGAAUCCAAGCCAACACAGAGAGAAUCAACAAGCUAAUGAAUGAAUCACUGAUGUUGGUGACUGCCCUUAAUCCUCACAUAGGCUAUGACAAGGCAGCCAAGAUUGCUAAAACAGCACAUAAAGAAGGGUCAACAUUGAAAGAAACUGCUAUCAAGCUUGGAUUUCUUACAUCAGACCAAUUUGAUCAGUGGGUAAAGCCAGAAGAUAUGUUGGGUCCUAAGUAAUCAUAAUAGGUGUGCUGUGAACAGAAAAAAAUAAAUUGUAUAAAACCAACAA